ACCAUUACCAUAUUAUUUUGAUAUUGAAGUAGCAUUUUGACUGUGCAAAUCUUCAGAGUCCCACAGGGGCCAUAAAAAAUAAAGGAAAAAGAAAAACACUAAAUGAACUAGGGAAACCAUGGCCUAAAUUAAACUGCCAUGAAGCAUGUGUGCAGCAAAUAGAAACUCUACCCCCAAAUGCAAACUGCAGCUAUCACUAAAAAAGAAGAAGAAGCAUCUGCUCACAAAUGUCUACUUGGAGAAGCAGUGCCCACUAUUUUCAGUAAAUAAGUUGGAUCCCAAAGCACAAGUAAAUGAAUACAGUUUUGAGCUAAUGGGUUUGCAGGUACUCUGCAGAGCAGUGCUGGAAUAAGAUAAAUAAAUAAACCUGGAAAAAGGUAAAAGUUAUAUGAGUAAUAGAAUAUGGUAGAGAGAAAUGCAGUCCUAGAAAUAAAAAGUAAAAUAUACCCACACAAAAUGGAGAAGGAUUGAUGAAUAUUAGAGGAAGACCUAAGGCUACAGUGGACUUCAAACUGAAUAAGAAUUCCAAAUGGAACUCUGUAUUAAGAAUAGUGAAUGUCUUUCUGUAUUAAGGUAACAUAGAGGAGAUAACAAAAAGCUUUAACUGGAGGAAGAACAUGAGUUGCAAGGAAUUAAGUGAACCAUAAAUGAAAAUAUUAAGAAAACAGUAUAAGGAAAAAGUAUAAGAAAUAAAGUUUGCCUGGUUUAGAAGACAAAAAUUUUUACAGGGCAUGAGAACAGCCUUCAAAUUCAUACUAGGCUGAGAUAAAAUAUAAUUAAUUCCUUUCCUUGUUAAGUCAACUGGUCAUUGAUAUAAUUCACGGAAAGGCAGUUAUGUAACAGGGGAAAAGUUUCAUUGUAGCCUGUUAGGAUACAGUGCAGACUAUGGGGAGAAUAUAAAAAGAUAGAGAUAACAGAGAAUAGGUAACACACGAGCAAGGAUCUACAUAUACUCUUCAGAGCAGUAGGAUGGGCUAGAUGACUUCCUGAGGACCCCUUCAAUCCCACAUUCCAAUUACCUUAAGGCAAAUACUUUGAUUAAAUACUGUAUUUAUAAGAAUAAAAAGGAGCCUGUAUCCAAACAACAGUUUUUUUGUAAUUUUACUCUAUCAGGGGAAGACAGAAUUUAGGGGAGAAAAAGCUGAGUAACAUUUAGAAUGAAACAUUGAAAGGAAAAAAACAUAGCACUUUAAAGCCUUCAAACUAUUAUGAAUAUCCUAUCUGCCCUACUGAUAAACUUCAGAAAUUUUCACUAUCAAAACACUUCCUCUGUGAAGCUGAGUUUACACAAAUCUCUCAUCUGAAAUAAUUACCUCCUUGUCUCAUAAGAACAAGUAUUUCAAAAGUUUAAUUUAACUUAGAGGGAAACAGCUGAACCAUUAAUAAAUCAACCACCUGUGAGGGCUUGAUUAAAGAACACAUAUUGGAAGGAACACACCUGGGUCUGCAAAGUGUUGUAAUAAGGCUCUGAAAUAACUGACAAAAUCCUUUUCAAACUUAUCAGUUGAAAAAUUUGGAUUCUUCUAGGAGUAUUAUUCUUCAGUCUUUUGCAGUGUUCCACUAUUUAAAUAAAUAACUCUUCAUUUUAUAAAAUGGAAGUGAUAUUCCUGGAGGUGGAAAGAAUGGGAAAAUGUUUAAUAGAUGCAGUUUCCACCUCUGGCAUUCUGUUAAAAUUCUAUAUUUUGUUUACAAGCCCUGUCACCAAUUUAUUUUGACAUGUCCUGAUGUUUGACAUGGGCAGUAAAGAAGGCACUUAGUGCCAUGCUGUGCUGGAAGAACAGGGCCACAAUGAAUAGGUCAAGGGAAGUGAUUGUUCCCCUCUGCUCCACUCUUGUGCAUACAUUUUGGAGCAGCAAGCACAGGAAAGAAGUUGACAAAGAUGACUGAGGUCAGGAUAGGAUCACUGAGAGGCUGCAGAACCAGGGCUGGUCCAGCCAGGGGAAGCAGCAGCUUUGGGAGCACCAAACAGCAUCCAUGGCACCAACAGGAGGAAUAGAGGAGAUGCAGCUGGGCUGUUCACAGCAGUGCAUGGCAUGAGGGUGAGGCAGCAGCAAAGCUGAAACACAAGGCGUUCAGGCUGAAGCCAUGAGGACAGCCCAGCAGCACGAACAUGGUCCAGCAUGAUUGGGCUGAUGACAUCCUUGGGACUUUCAUGGCCUGACUGAGUGAAGUCUUGAGCAGUGCAGUCUGAGUUCAGAACUGACUCUGUCAGGGCUCAGGCUGGAGAUUUCUCCUGGUUCCCACCAGCCUGAACAAGAUCUUGUGAGAAAUGAAAAGUCAUACUUUUAUUUUCUUUGCUAAAAACACUAAAUAGCAUUAGUCAUGUGAACACUGUCAUCUUGUUGCUCUGUAUCUGUUUAAUGGCACAGAAGAAGUCAAAUCAUAGAAUCAUGGGAUAUACUGACUUGGAAAGGCUCAAUCAGGAUCAUCAAAGUUCAACAUCUGACCAUCUGAACAAUCACAUCAUAUGCCUGAGAGUGUUUUCUGAAUGCUUUUUGAACUCGUCAGGCUUGGUGCUCUAACCACUUCCCUGAGGAGCCUGUUCCAGUGCCCAGUUACCCUCUGGGCAAUGAACUUUUUCGUGAUAGCCAGCCUAAACGUCCCCUGACAUGACUUCAAGCCAUUUCCUGUGGUCCUGUCACUGGUCUCAGAAGAGAUCAGUGUCUGCCCCUACUCUUCCCCUUGUGAGGAUGGUGAAGACCACAGUGAGAUCUCCCCUCAGUCUCCCAUCGUCACGGUGAACGGACCAAGUGGCCUCACUCACUGCUCACAUGGCUUCCCCUCCAGACCCCCCAUCAUCCUCACUGCCCUCCUUUGGGCAAUAACUUUAUAUUUUUGUGACACCCAGAACUGCCCCCAGCACUGGAGGUGAGGCUGCCCCAGGGCAGAGCAGAGCAGGACAAUCCCCUCCCUUGCCUGGUUGAUGCUCUACCUGAUGUCCCCAGGACACGGGUGGCCCUCCUGGCUGCCAGGGCACUGCUGACUCGUGUUGAGCUUGCCACAAACCAGGACCCCCAGGACCCUUCCUGAGGUGCUGCCCUUCAGCCCCAUUCUGCAGUCUAUACACACAUCCAGGGUUGUCUCAUCUCAGGUCCAUAAUCUGACACCUUCCCUUGUUAAACUUCAUUUGUUUCACUUGCAAUUUGUCGAGUUUGGCCUGCAGGGCCUCUCUGUCUUCAUAGAAGUCAACAGCUUCAGCAAACUUAGUAUUCGAGUCCUGCAUCCAAACAAUUUAUGAAGAUUUUGAAGAGCACCAGCCCUAAGCUGGAAUCCUGUGGAACCCCAAUAGUGGCAGGUCACCAGUCCAUUCACUGUAAACUUUUGGGCCUGACCCAUCAGCCAGUUGCUCACCCAUCCCAUGACGUUUAUUCAGCUGAGUGCUGGACGUUUCAGUCCCAAUGAUCUGGGAGCUGAUCAUUCUCACAGCCAUGGUUCUCCAGCUCCAGGCAGUGGGGUCCCCUUAGUACAAAAGUGGUGUUGAAAGCAGAGGCAAAGAAAGCAUUUAACACCUCUGCCUUGUCCAUGUCCCUGUUUGUGAGGUGACAGUCUUCAUCCUGCAACAGAACCAUGUUAUUUCUACACUGCCUUUUGCCAUUAAUAUAUUUGAAAAAGCUCUUUUUAUUGUCCCCCUCAACUGUGAUCAGUUUUAACUACAGUGGGUCUUCAGCAUGACAGAUUUUCUCCCUGCAGUGGCGAGCAGCAUCUCUGCAUGGUCACAUCACCUGACCUUGCUUCUGCUGAGCCAACACCUUUUUUUUCCUCUGUCUCCCAAAGAAGAUUCCUGCUCAGCCAAACCAUCUUCUGCCUCACCUGCUUGACUUCUGACAUUUGGGAAUUGCCUCCUCCUGUGCCCUUAGAAGUUGGUGCUUAAAAUGUGACCAGCACUGAUGGGCCCCAGCACCUGUGGAAACAUUUUCCCAGGGUACCUUACUCACUUGUUCCUGAGCAGUCUGAAGUCUGCUCUCCUGACAUCCAGAGCUGAAGUACUGAGUGUUUGUAUUCAUUUUGGAACUGCUUUUACUUCAGCUCCAGCUGAAGUAAAAUAUUCCAAGUUAAAUUUCACUGCACUAUUCCUACAGAAAUUAUUUAGAUUCAUAGAAUCAUCAAAGUUGGAAGAGACCUUUGAGAUCAAGUCCACCUAUCCACCCAGCACUGCCACUGUCACCUCUAAAUGCAAACCACAUCACCCAGUGCCAAGUCCAUACGCUUCUAGAACAUCUUCAGGAAUGGUGACUCUACCACCUCCCUGAGCAACGGACUCUUUUGAUCCAAGUUCUAAGAAAGUAGUCAGUGUUGACUAUACUUCAAGAAGUGGCCUCAGAGACCUAAAUCAGUAGCCCACUUGUAAGGAGUUUCUCACCCCAAAACUGUUAGCAAAUUACUGGUGGGAACAGGAUUGUGAGGCUUUAGAAAGCACUGCCAUUCUCUUGAAUCCAGGUAUGGCUUCCUGAAAUUACAUGCAAGGGAAGUAAUAACCUCACCUUGAUAGCACCCAGCUGCAUCCAAAAUUUUUUCACCCAUGGUUGAUCAUCCUGCAUCUCAUGAAGAAAGUCCCACAAAUCUGAACAAUCCCCUGGGCUCAGAACAUCUAGUUUACCACAGACAAAGUAGGAGCAAAGGAAAACUGCCAGAAAGUUGUUCAAACAUUUUUCUUCAGAAAAAUGUGGUGGAGAAACAAAAGCACCACUAUAAUCAUGGCAUCCUCUUGGCACAGUUUCUACUAGAUUAAGAUUACCAUUCCUUCUUCACUGUAAGAUUCAGAGAUGGAGCAGAGGGAGAUGGGUCUGACAGUAAGGACCACAGCUUCAAUGGGAAAUUACUUGAGGAGGAAGUUUCUGUCAUGAAUCAGGCUUUCAGGAUGAAUAUAUUUAUGGUGCUUGACAGUAUACAGCAUAUGUUGCUCCCUGGAUAGGCCUGCAGUCAAAGUAGGAGCAAGUUGAAGAAUAUCUUCUUUUCAAAAAUCUUCAGACAAACAGAUUAUAGUGGAACUCUUCAGCCUGGAAGCCAGACAAUACCUCCUUCAAAGUAGGUCCCCAAACCAUGGAGAGACAAGGAUCCUCAGGACAAACUGAAAGGGAUAGAACUCCUUAUUUUCUCUUACUCUACUGUGUUACUGGUAAUGUAGAUUUAGCAGUGAAAUACUUGUGAAUUUCCACUGAAUUUCCCAUAAAACACAAAACUAAAAUCUUUGCUAAAUCAGGUGUCAAAGUACUUGUGUUAUUUUGCUCUGUGUGCUGUAGGAAGCCUCAAAUGUCAGAGAAAAAUAAUUAUCAAUUACUUAAAGGAAGGAAAUUAAUAAAAAUUCAAGGAUCUUGUCCUAGAAAGAUGGAAUCAUAAUCUCAACAGCACAAAACCAACCAAGAGCGAUUCUUUUUCAAAGGUCAGGCCUGUUAUUACACCAGAAGCAUUCACUUCCUACCUUUCACCAAGAUUCAUCGGAGUGUCCUGGAUUUGCCACAGGUUUGGCUAUCAGAAAAAAACUGUGUUACUUAGGGGUUUCUCCAAAGCACUUCUCUUGCAUCCUCUUCUCCUGAAAAGUUGUCUUUGAAAAGGUAACACCUUUGCAAUCCAUGUCAAUUUCAGUAACUUCACACUGAUGGAGUUAGCAGCACUACACCAGAGAAAUAAGAUUUUGUAAAAAGUUUGAGAUCAGAAACAGGAUGUGGUGUUUCACCUCCUCAUCCAUCCAACUCUUCAACAGCAGCAUUCUGCAUUUACAUUCCAGAUGGCACCACAGAUCCAUGACAAAGAUGUUAUUUUUUUCCCUGUUAUACUAUUAACAAGAGAUUAAUUCAGAACACAUAAUAUUCAAGCAGUUGAUAUUUUACCCUGCACAUCACUUGAGGCAAGUAAGGGUCAGAGACUGGUUUUGCUAUACAAAGAAAUCACAUGUAUUUUCUUUAUUAGUGUUUUGAUUCUCACAAGAUCAAGCAGCGUUCUUCAGUUAUCAUCCGCUUCCAGAAGUGAAGCUUUUCUUCAGGAAAACAUUAUUUGAUAAGGAACUUUACAAAAUUUUCAGAGUGCACAAGGGCUGGUAUGUUUCUUGGGAACUUCACUGUGAUAGUGUCCACUUAUGGUUUUACACACAUUGAUAUUUACAUAAACUUUCCUGCAGCUCUUUCACCUUUGAAAUUCCUAUUGAGUCAAUCUGGGUUAAUUUGCCCAAAUUAGCAAAUCUAUGCUCCUUACUCUUCAUUCUUCCUGUACCCUUUAUUUCCCCCUCUGCAAAAACUGUUGCUUCAAACUUUAAUGGGUCUAGCAAAACCAGCUAGAUCCUUCUGGCACUAAUCACAGAAUGACUGAGCUUGGAAGGCACCUCUGGAGUUCCUGUGGUCUAACCCCCUGCUGCAGCAGAGCCACUUGGAGCUGGCUGCCUGUGACUGUGUCCAGAUGGCUUUUGAAAAUCUCCAAUGGGGAAGACUCAACAAACUCUCUGGGCAAUCUGUGUCUGUGCCCAGUCACCCUCACAGAAAAAGAGGUUUCCUGAGGUUCAGAGAGCACAGCUUGUGUUUCAGUCUGUUCUCACUGUCUCUGGUCCAGUCACUAGGCACUACCAUGGAAAAAUAUAUAAAGACAGGUCAGAUUUUUACUGUAAUUAGGAAAAAUACAGCAGCAGCCCCACACUAGCUAAAAAAUAUCAAUGUUAAUGUUUUUCACCUCACUUCCUAAUGAAAUGGAUCUUGGUCACUCACAUUAUCUGUUCUUCCCUCUUUUCUUUCAAGUCUAUCAGUCAUUUUCACCAUAUUUAGAGCCCAGUGCAGCGCUUCAAAGAAAGUGAAAACUUAAAGUAUUUAAUCCUUUAAACUUAAAAAAAUCUGUAGAGGGACAGAGAGGCUCAGAUUAAUGAUUCAUUAGGACAAAUGACAAGUAGAACAUGGGUCUUUUAUCUCCUUGCUCUUCUGGCAGUAACGAGCUGCUGGUAUAUCAUAGCACCCAGACCUCUGAAUCAAUCACACACUGCCAUUUCUUGCCUGACCUUGGAAUGGAAUUACUACAGUGUUAGCAUAGGCAAGGGCCAGGCUUUAUUAGUUCUGCAGCCCAUGGGACAGACCCUCUUUUUGUUGCAGUAUUUUCUUCUCAAAAUAGAAUUAAACUGUAUUUACCUUAAUCUAAGACAUUUCUGUCACAAGGUAAUGAGUUUUGGUCCACAUAUACUAGUUUGCACAGUGUUAAAAUGGUGAAAAAAGUAUGCAUUAAAAAAGCUAUAGUAAGUACAUGCAAAAAUACCAGUCCUCUGUAACAAAAUAAGCAGCCAUAGACCAUAACAUGUUUGAAUCUAGAAACAGUCUGUCCACUCUACGAGCUUGUACUUAUUGGGCAGGUAAAAAAGGGGCUGUCUCUCAGAGCACAUGUAAUUAACCAAGAAAUAAUAGAUUUUUCUGCUGCUUUUUAAGAGGGCAGGAUGCAGAAGAAAAUGAGAAGUUGUCUCCUUGCCCCUUUCAUGCUAAUUAAUGCAUUCAGAAGCUGUACUGAAAGGAAUUUAAACUCGUGAUAGUCAUAAGAGGACAGAUCAAAGGAGAAAAAACCAGACUAAAUCAAAGAAAGCUGCAUAUGCCUUCAGUUAGCAGACAGAAUACAGGUCUGAAGGAGGUAAGAUUUAUAUUUUCUUGUUUUACACAAAAUUUUCAGUUUUGCUUAAAAAUUUUGCUUUAGAAGAGGCUUGACUAUCUCUAAGCAAACUCAAGAUGUUUUCUUUCCUUGGCUAGAAUUUUCUUUAGUAAAGUCAUUGUGUUUUAUAAUUUACCUGUAUAGGAUAGGUAGAUUAGAGGGAUACUAUCAAGUAGGAGCUGUUGUUCUGCUCUUCAUAUUAUGGAAACAUGAUUUCAUGUAGAUUUCUUCUUCACUAUAUUUGAUUGAGUAGAUUUUUAACUGUUCAGACAGCUAUGAUUAUCACCUUAAGACUGGAAAUAAUGAUAAAUAUAAAUAUAAUGAUAAAUAUAAAUUCCCUAUACAUUUGAGUUUCUAUUGUCAGCAGACAUAAAUCAGUAUUCCUAUCUGAAAUUCAAUAGAUCUCUGAGAGUCUCCAGUGGCAGAAAACCUGUCCCCUGAGCGUUUACACGAAAUAACUGAAUAGAAAAAAAACUUUCGUGAAAACUCAAUUGUUUUUCUUGUCCAGGUAAAUUGCCUUUUUUUCUGUAUUCUAGAUUUUGCUUCAGAAGUCUGCCAUCACUUGAUACCUAAACAGAUCAAAUUCUGCAAACUCUGUUACACUCAGUGGCAAAAAACCAUUAUGUCAGUGGUGAUACCACUAUGUAGACUAUAGUUAUGGUUUUGAGCUUUAUCUUAAUUUGGGAUAGUUGUGUGUGUAUAUGGAUCUACUUGAUUCUUAAGAUAUCAGAUUACCCUGCCUCUUUAAAAUGCUCCUAUUAAAACAAAGAACCUUAUGCUUUAAAGGUUUAUCACACUGGCACACUACGUUUUUACCCUGUAGGUUUGAGCCUCACAAAAUGCCCAGAAGAUAUAACCACGUGGAUGGCAACCAUUUCAGAGGGAAAGGACACAACUAUUUUGCAGCAGAAGAAGCUCUGGGUAUUGGACUUCUCAUUUUGGUGCUGGCAAUUUUACUUGCCUUUGGCUGCUGGUAUUACAAAAGACGUAGUGGCUACAGAAGUCUGCGGAGCAAAGGCUCUAGUAUGAGCACAAUACGAAAUGUGGUAGGUGAGGGAGAAAUACUGGACUGCAAAAUGGCUCUGCAGGACUACAGAGACUUUAAUUCUGUGGUACCUGACGCUCCACCAGCUUAUGACAAAAUUGCUGCAGAUCCAUCACCACCACCUUAUUCACCAUGACAACAUGAAAUUUGAAAACUUAAACAUACUGAUUCCAUUUUUUCAUGCUCACUCUUUAUUUCCUGUAUAUGCUUAACUUUCUUAAAGCUAAAAUCUUACAAAAGAAAACACGUUUGCACUAGCAGUGGCUGAAAAGUAUUCCCGCUUAAUUUACAGAGGUGGUCAUUGAAAUGCCUUAAUAAACUGAAUGCGCUUUUGUUUUAAGCUUUUCACUUGCAGUCAGAUUAAUUCAUUAUGGUCUGGUCAUCUUGAAUCCUUCAUAGGUCUACAUAGAUCUGUAAUCACACACUAUUCAGUAUCAAUCAGAGUAAAAAGUGAUGGCACCUUUGUUUUCAUCUUCUUCAUUCAGUUUCCCUUUCUUUAAAAAAUAACACCCCCCAAAAACAAAACAAAACAACAAACAAAAAUAAACACACCAAAAAAAAACCACUACAGCAAAAAAAAAAAACCAAACAAAAACUCUCCAACUAUUCCUUAGAAUGUGAUGUAAAAGAAUCUGCCACAAAAUGAAUCAUUUGACUACAUGACUCCUUACAGGCUGUUUUCCUCACCAGCAGUUUCAAAAUUAACUUCCAAAAAGUGACUAUGUUUUACAAGACACUUUUACCUUACAUCACUUGUUUAUGUACCUAUAAUGAAUUAAUUCCUCAUAAAACACAAUCAAUCUAAGCAAUCUAGGAGUUUCUGCUUGCAGUCCGUACUAUUUCAUACAGUGAAUGGAUAUAAUGACAUCACCUUCCAUUUCCUUGUGGCAGUCGUGAGAGAGCAAAAGAACUUAACAAAUAUGAAGAUUUACAAGUAAUUUCUUUCUAAUAUGAUGAAACUAUGUAAGAAAAUGCAUGAAAACCAUGUUUCUUACAGAUUACCAGACAACAGACUCCUAGAUGUUAAUUUUCCAAGCUUGCCGGAACACUAGCAGUAAUAAAAAAUGAAUAAUUUUGAUAUGCAUUAAUUGGCUACAUACAUUUGAUAGUUAUUGUUUCCUCAGCCUUUUUGCUACUCCUUGCUUGCCAGAUUACUACUUAAGAUUAUACAUAGAUCAAUACAUUUAUGCACAAGGCUUGAUAUCUCACAGCAGAAGGCAGCUAAAAUGGUGCACCAUUCACUAAAAUCAAAAGUAGUUACAGAAGAGAACUGAUUUCAUAAAGCAAUUAUUAACUGCUAUUAGUAAAGAAUUUAGUUCCUUGUCAUCAAAUACACAAAUACAAGCAUCUUAAAAAAAGUUUUCAACACAAAGCACAGUUAUUUACCUAACAUAUGUAU